AUGAUGUCAUCUCGCACGAACAAUGAUGAAAUCGACCAAUUGAGGGUAUGCACCUGUUUUUUUUUCAUUUUUGUCUCGAUCAAUUCAAUUUUCUUUAGGCCAAGGCCGAUUUUAUGAAUCCGUCAUUGUCCGCUGAAUGGUCGAGAAAAAAGUUGGUGUGGGUCCCAAGUGAAAAAGAUGGUUUUGCACUGGCAUCAGUGAAUGGAGAAGCGGGUUCGGAUGGAUCGAUUGAUGUUGAGUUGAUGGAGACAGGAGAACGUCAAAGAGUUUCAACUGAUGAUUGCCAAAAACCGAAUCCUCCGAAAUAUGACAAAUGCGAAGAUAUGGCAAUGCUAACUUGUUUGAAUGAGGCAUCUGUUCUCAACAACUUGAAGCAGCGCUAUUUCUCCAAUUUGUAUUAUGUAAGUUUCACAUUUCUUAUUAUGUUGAAUUCAAUUUUCGUGGUUUUCAGACAUAUUCUGGUUUGUUCUGUGUGGUUAUCAAUCCAUACAAACGAAUUCCAAUUUACACUGACACAAUUGCUGAACAAUUCAAGUGCAAAAAGCGAAAGGAAAUGCCACCACACAUAUUUGCAGUUGCCGAUGAGGCUUAUAGAAGCAUGCUUCAAGAAAGAGAAGAUCAAUCGAUUUUGUGCACUGGAGAAUCUGGAGCUGGAAAGACAGAAAAUACCAAGAAAGUUAUCCAAUAUUUGGCAUAUGUCGCCGGAAAUCGUUCAAUUUCCAAAUCACGAAAAACAUCUGUCGAUUUGGAUUCUUCUCAAAACAGAAUCAUGGGACAAUUGGAGGAACAAUUGUUGCAAGCAAAUCCCAUUUUGGAAGCUUUUGGUAACAGUAAAACAGUCAAAAAUGACAAUUCGAGUCGAUUCGGAAAAUUUAUCCGCAUUCAUUUUGAUGCAGCUGGUGGCAUUUCUGGUGCAAAUAUUGAAUUUUAUCUGCUCGAAAAAUCCAGAGUUUUGAAGCAAGCAAAUCAAGAAAGAACAUUCCAUGUAUUUUAUCAAAUGUUGAAAGGCUUAUCAAAAUCUCAACGCGAAUCCCUUUUGCUCGAAGAUCAAGCUUCAUCUUAUAAAUUCUUGACAAACGGAGAAAGCAAACUUGCUGGCGUCGAUGAUUCAGCCGAAUUCCGCGAAACACUUCAAGCAAUGUCAAUUAUGGGAUUGAAUGAUGAAGAAAUCAAUGGAAUUCUUCGAACUGUAUCCGCUGUUUUGCUUUUUGGAAAUUUGGAAUUCUCUCAAGAAAACAAGAAUAAUGAUCAAGCUGUGUUGGUGAAUGAUGCAGUUGCUCAAAAAAUCGCUCAAUUACUUGGAGUCAAUGUCACAGAACUCAUCCGCGCUUUUUUGAAACCAAAAAUCAAGGUUCAAAGAGAUUUGGUUCAUCGUUCUCAAAAUGUUGAUCAAGCCAAAUUCUCAGUUGGUGCAAUUGCAAAAGCUUGUUAUGAGAGACUUUUCAGGUAAUUACUAUUUAGAAAAACUUCAAUUUUAUAUUAAUCAAUUUCCAGAUGGCUUGUACAUCGUCUCAACAAAUCACUUGAUCGUACUCGACAAUUAUCUGUCAGUUUUAUUGGAAUUCUCGAUAUUGCUGGUUUCGAAAUUUUCGACACAAAUUCAUUCGAACAAAUUUGCAUCAAUUAUACCAAUGAAAAAUUGCAGCAAUUGUUCAAUAAUACAAUGUUUGUCAGAGAACAACAAGAAUAUCUCGAUGAAGGUCUCGAAUGGAAAUUUAUGGAUUUCGGAUUGAAUUUGCAACCAACAAUUGAUUUGAUCGAGAAACCAAUGGGAAUUUUAUCAACUUUGGAUGAUGUUUGUCUUUUCCCACAAGGAAGUGAUCAAUCAUUUGUUCAAAGACUCACUGAUACUCAUGCUCAACAUCCAAAAUAUGUUGUUCCGGAAAUUCGAGCCAAAAGUGAUUUUGCUGUUGUUCAUUAUGCUGGAAGAGUUGAUUAUGAAGCACAAGGAUGGCGAGUCAAAAAUAUGGAUCCACUUAAUGAGAAUGUUAUUGAGGUUUUGAAAUCAUCAAAAGAAACAUUACUUGUGGAAAUGUGGAAAGAUGUUUCUGAUGUUUGUUCUUUGUCAGCAACUGAUAGUGCAUCUGAUAAUGGAUUAUUUGGAUCAAGAUUGCCAAAGAAGGGAAUGUUCAGAACUGUAUCACAAUUAUACAAAGAACAAUUGACAAGAUUGAUGAGCACUUUGAGCAAUACAAAUCCUCACUUCGUCAGAUGUAUUAUUCCGAACCACGAGAAGAAACACGGAGUAUUGAAUGCACAUUUGGUUCUUGAUCAAUUACGAUGCAACGGUGUUUUGGAAGGAAUCAGAAUCUGCAGACAGGGAUUCCCUACCAGAUUACCAUUCCAAGAAUUCCGUCAAAGAUAUGAAAAAUUAUUGGCAUCUGAUGUUAACCCGGCUGGUUUUAUGGAUGGAAAAGAAGCUGUCAGAAGAAUUGUUACUUCUCUUGAAAUUGAUGAAAAUUUGUAUAGAAUUGGUCAAUCGAAAAUAUUCUUCCGUGCUGGAGUUGUCGCUGAAUUGGAAGAAUUGAGAGAACAAAAGUUGUCGGAAUUGAUUGAAAGCUUCCAGGUGAAUAGAUUUUUGAUGAGUAUUUUUCUAUUUUAUUUUUAUUUUUAGGCUCAAUGUCGUGGUUGGUUGGGUCGACGUGUUAUGGUUCGUAAACGUGAACAAGAGAAUGCAAUUCGUAUUUUGCAAAGAAAUGGACUUGCUUGGAUGAGAUUGAGAGAAUGGCAAUGGUGGAGACUUUUGACUAAAGUGAAGCCACUUCUUGAAGUUACGAACAAAGAUGAAUUGAUUGCUGAAAGAGAAAUGGAAUUGAAAGUCACAUCGGAGAAAUUGAGAAGAUCAGAAGUUUUCAUUUCGGAUUAUAGACAACAAAUGGAGAAAAUGGAUGCAGAACGAGCUAUUCUCAAGGAGAAACUUGAUGCUGAAUCUGUUGAACGAGCUGAAAUCUUCGAAGAAAGAAGUCGUCUUCUUUCAAGAAAAAAUGAACUUGAGCAAAAUGUUGAAACACUUGCAAAAAGAUUGGAAAGUGAAGAGAAGAAAGCAAAAAGUUCAGAUGAGGAGAAAAAGAGAUUGAUGGAAACAGUCAGACAUUUGGAAGCAAAUUUGGAAGAUGAAGAAAGAUCCAGACAGAAAUUGUUGCUCGAAAAGACCACAAUUGAAAAUAAGUUGAAGGAAAUUGAAGCGCAAGGAAUGGAAUUGGAAGAUUCUGGAAAUAAGUUGGCAAAAGAGAAAAAAGCAUUGGAAGAAAGAUGUGAAGAUUUGUCUUCGAAUUUGAUUGAUGAAACUGAAAGAGCAAAACAAUUAACCAAAUUGAAGGCAAGAUUGGAAGCAAAUGUUGCCGAAUUGAAGGAUGAGUUGGAAAAAGAAAAACAACAGAGACAAGCUGCUGAAAAUGCCAAAAGAGCUGCUGAAACACAAUUGCGCGAAGAGCAAGAAUUGUCUUUAGAGAAAACUCGAAAAGCUGAAGAAUUGUUGGUUCAAUUGACUAGAAAAGAACAAGAAAUGGCAAAAUUCAAUAUCAAGUAAGACAUGUUGUAUUUUAUGUAUUUUUCAAUUAUUUAUAUUUUCAGGAAUGAUGAGGAAUUGGCAAAUCGUCAACAACUUGAACGAGAACUUCGAGAAUUGCGAAGUCAAUUGGAUGAUGCUCUUGAAGAUUGUAACAAAGAAAAGAAUGCUCGUCAAACAGCUGAAAAGGCUAGAAGAGAUAUGGCAGAGGAAUUGGAAGGAUAUAAGCAAGAACUCGAGGAAUCCAAUGAUAAAACAGUUCUUCAAUCACAAAUGCGUGCAAAACGAGAUCAAGAAUAUGCACAUUUGCAGGUUUGAUAAUCUCAUCAAUUUCUGAAACAAUAUUCAUUUUCGUUUUUUCAGAAACUUCUCGAUGAUCAGAAAAAGAUUGGAGAAGAAUCAAUGGAAGAAUUGAAACAACAAAAUCAACGAAAAUUGGAAGAAUUGAUUGAAUCCAUUGAUCAGUUGAAACGUCAAAAACUCGCGGUAUGAUUUGCGCAGCAGCCUUGAUAUUAUAUUUGCUUUUUUGCUUAUCAGCCGUUUUAACUGUCCCUCCGCGCAGCAACCGCCUCAUUCGCCCCUUUUUUUCGAUUCUUUUCAUAUUUACCUUUUCUUUCUAGAAAAAUGAUUAUUUUUUGAAGAAAAAAUGCAUAGUCCUAGGUUUGAUUUUUUAUCAAUUCUCACAUACUUUUGAGAUUGUUUGUUUGUUUACUUUGACAGAUUUUUCUGUCAUAGUCAUCCCUAUUUAAAAUUUAAAUUGUUUACUGAAAAAGUAUGCUUUCAGGCGGAAAAAGCUAAAAACAACAUCGAAACUGAUCACGAAAACAUUCGUGCUGAACUUGCGAAUGUUUGUUCGGCUCGAACCGAAGCUGAAAAACGACGAAAAACAGCCGAAUCGCAAUUGUUGGAAAAAGAACACAAAAUGCGGGAAGUUCAAGUUGAAGUCGAAGAAUUGACUGCCAAAUUGAAUAAGGUAACAUUUUAUUGGUAUUUUUUGAACAAUAAUAAAAACUUGUUUUUUUCCAGUUGAAUGGAGAGUUGGAAUCAAUGCAAAAAUCGAAAGAUUCUGAAGCAACUCGUAAUUCAAACUUGCUCAAGAAAAUUGCGAAUUUGGAUAUGCAAUUGUCUGAGUUGACAGAAGCAUCUGAAGAAGAUAGAAAGACUCGAACUGCACUUACAACUAAAAUUCGACAAUUGGAAGAUGAUUUGACAGUUGCAAAUGAAGCGAGAGAUGAGGCUAUUGGAGCAUUUGAAAAAGUUGAAAAGGAGGUGAAAGAAUUGAAAGUUCAACUGGCUGAAGCAAGAAAGAAGUUGGAUGAAGAAAAUAAUGAGAAGGUUGAAGAAUUGAGAAAGAAAAAAGAGAGAGAACUUAUUGCUGAAAAAGAACGGUUUGUUUAUAUGAUUUUUUGAUAAACGAUAAAUUGGUUAUUUUCAGAGCUGAUGCUGCUGAACAAGGACGUGAAAAGGCUGAAAGAGCAAAGAAGAAGGCACUUCAAGAAGCGGAAGAUGUUCAAAAAGAGAUAACUGAUUUGGUUGCAUCAAUGAGAGAAAUGGAAAGAAAACAAAGAAAGUUUGAUCAAUUGUUGGCUGAUGAAAGAAAUAAAACAUCAGUUGCUCAACAAGAACGAGACAAUUCACAACAAUUAUUGAGAGAAGCCGAAACAAAGAAUUUGUUGGUUUCCAAUGAACUUGGCGAUCUCAAAGCUAUGAUUGAACAAUUGGAAAAAGAGAAAAGAGUUCUUAAAUUGGAAGUUGAUAAUUUGGUAAGUUUUUAAUUUGAAGAACUAAUUUAUAUAAAUAUGUUAUAAUCUAGGCUUCAAACCAAGAUGAUGCUGGAAAGAAUGUAUUUGAACUGGAAAAAGCAAAGAGAAGACUUGAGGAGGAAUUGAACAAAGCAGAACAACAAAUCAUUGAUUUGGAAGAUGCAGUUCAAAUGUCAGAUGAUGCAAGAUCGAGACUUGAAGUCAAUCUUCAAGCCGCUCGAAAUGAUUUCGAAAGACAAUUCGCUGCGAGAGAAGAUGAGGAAGAGGAUAGAAAGAAAGCGCUGAUUGCACAAAAUCGAACUUUGACUGAAGAAUUGGAUUCAGAACAAAGAGCAAAACAAAGUGCGGUUGCUGCCAAAAAGAAGUUGGAACAACAAGUUAGUGAAUUGAAAGAUCAAUUUGAUGCAUCACAAAGACAAAUCGAAGAUUUGACAAGACAACUCCGAAAAAUCCAAGUAUUUAACAAAGAAAUGCAAAUGGAAGCAUCGGAAGCGAGAUUGGCAAUGGAUGAUGCUUUGGCUGCACAAAGAGAUGCUGAUAAACGAGCAAGAAAUGCUGAAGAUGAAAUCAAACGAUUGAAUUCUGAAGUUGCUGCAAUUUCAUCCUCAAGAAGAAAAGCUGAAACAGAAAGAGAUGAGUUGUUGGAUGAAGUGGCUAAUUUGAGACAAGUUGGUGUUGGAAAUGAAGAAAGAAGAAGAUUUGAAGCGAGAAUUGCUGAUUUGGAAGAACUUUUGGAAGAAGAAACAUCGUCGAAUGAUUUGGCUCAAGAGAAAAUCAAAAAAGCACAACAACAAGUUGAACAAAUGACAACAGAUUUGGCUAUGGAAAGAAGUUUGUGUGAAAGAACUGAAUCGGAAAAACUCACUUUGGAAAGAGCAAACAGAGAAUUGAAGCAACAAUUGCAAGAUGCUGAAAGUGAGUUCCAAUUUCUAAACGAGUUAUAAUUCAACAAAUGUGUUUGUUUUCAGCUCAUGCUCAAUCUCGUGUUCGUACUCAAUUAUCUGUUGCCGAAGCCAAAAUUUUGAAUUUGGAGCAACAAAUUACUUUGGAAGAACAAGAUAGAUUGAGACAAACAAGAACUUUGAGAAGAAUGGAAUCGAAAUUGACCGAAUCGAGCCAAUUACUUGAAGAAGAAAAGAGACAAAAUGAGCAACAUCGACAAGCUGUAAGUUUAUUUUAUCAACAAAAAAAUAUAUAUUCAAUUGGUUUGAUAAUUAUAGACCGAAAGAUUGAAUAGUCGAAUUCGUCAACUUCGAAAUCAAUUGGAUGAUGUUGAAGCAGAAAGAGAUCGUUUGAACAAUAAGAUCAAGGAAGAAAGAAGAAGAGCUGAUGAUUUGACUGAUGCAAAUGAAACAUUGACAAGAGAUGUUUCGAUUUUGAAACAAAGAGAUACGGCUUCGAGAAGAACACCAAUGUUUCAUAGAGAAUCGAGAAGAUUUGGAAGUAAUUCCAGUAUUGCUAGAGGUAAGAUUUGUCGCUGAAGGGCUUGGGCUCGGAAAUUCGGGGAUCUUUUUUAGACCGUAUUUUUUCUCGAGAAGUCUUGUCUGCCCUUUAUAGAACUUUAUUUCUGGUUUUCAAUUUUCAAGUUUUUUCAGAUGAGUUUCGUAAUGGAGGAGGAGCAUUGACAAACGAAAUGUCUCCAGCUGAUGGUCGUCCUUCUUCUCGUCUCACUUCUGGAACUGGAUCUCAACUCGGAAACACUGAUGAAGAUCUCGAAUCGUUCAGAAACUAA